AUGGUCAACUCCUGCUGUGGCUCUGUCUGCUCUGAGGAGGGCUGUGGCCAAGGCUGCUGCCAGCCCAGCUGCUGCCAGACCACCUGCUGCAGGCCUACUUGCUGCCGCCCCAGCUGCUGUGUGUCCAGCUGCUGCCGCCCAAGCUGCUGUGUGUCCAGCUGCUGCAGACCCAGCUGCUGUCAGUCUGUAUGCUGCCAGCCCACCUGCUGCCGCCCCAGCUGUUGCAUUUCUAGCUGCUGCAGACCUUCCUGCUGCCGCCCCAGCUGCUGUGUGUCCAGCUGCUGCAGGCCUUCCUGCUGCCGCCCCAGCUGCUGCAUUUCUAGCUGCUGCAGGCCUUCCUGCUGCCGCCCCAGCUGUUGCAUUUCUAGCUGUUGCAGCCCUUCCUGCUGCCGCCCCAGCUGUUGCAUUUCUAGCUGCUGCAGCCCUUCCUGCUGCCGCCCCAGCUGUUGCAUUUCUAGCUGCUGCAGGCCUCAGUGCUGCAUCUCCAGCUGCUGCCGCCCCAGCUGUUGCCAGACCAGCUGCUGCCGCCCAGCAUGCUCUAGCAGUUCUUGCUGCUGA